GCUGUGCUAGUGUGCGUGUCACGACCCAGAAGGGAGUCUACUUCAAGUCUACUUCAUUUCAUAUUUCUUCUGUCAUUUUGUCGGCCACUAUCUUUUUAUUGUAGCACCAUCACAUCACCAGAAAAUCCACAUUUGCAACUCUGCCAAGUGCGCGGCGAAAUGGGCUCAGAGGAGCGCACUUCAAGCAUGUCGCAGAAGAUCUCCUCCUUGUCACGCAGCAACAGCAGCUCCUCAUCCAAACACGACAGUCGACAGGACAGCUGGGAAAUUGUGGAAGGUCUGCGCGGAGGCUUUGGCAGUGUCGUGGAGCCGCAGAAACAGGAAAGCUAUGUGCUAAAGAAAAGAAAGUGGCCCCUAAAGGGCUGGCAUAAGAGAUACUUUUCCCUGGACAAGGGCAUCCUGAAGUACGGCAAGUGCAAUGCUGAUAUUGAGAAGGGAAAGCUUCAUGGCUGCAUUGAUGUGGGGCUCUCCGUUAUGGCCAUUAAGAAGAAAGCCAAGUGCAUCGAUCUCGAUGCUGAGGAGAACAUCUAUCACCUGAAGAUCAAGUCGCAGGAGCUGUUUGAUGAAUGGGUGUCCAAGCUGCGUCACCACCGGCUCUAUCGGCAAAACGAGAUUGCCAUGUGUCCCGACGACAAGUCCUUCCACUUCCCCCGCUACCCCUCCCCCACGCCCCCGAGCUUUGCUGACAGCGCUUCCAUUAGAAUGUGUGUGCCUGUACGCAGGCAGUCCACGGUGCAUUCCGCAGGAGCGUUCCCUUUCGGCUGCAACAGCCAAGCCAAGGUAACAGCUUGGCUGCAGUCGUCUGACGACAUGGAUAAGUGCUCCAAAGACCUGUCAGUUUGUGAGGCGUACUUGCUGGAGCUGAGCCACCUUCUUCAGAGCAUGGAGGUCCUCCAUCGUACCUAUUCUGCACCCUCUAUCCAGGCUCUUCAGGUGGUUUGCUUAGCAUAUCUGCUACUUUUACCAUUAUGGAAUAACAUGGAGACAUCUACAUUUGACAGCCCAAAGAAGGAAAAGAGGCUUCAGAGAAAGUGGCGCACAAAGAACUACAAUAAAGUCGUCAAAACAACCCUGCAGGUUCCCAGCUGCAUCUCCGCUUCUGUCCGCCUCCACGCGUCCAACCCCAACCUCUCCACCGCUGCGCUCGCCAAUGACAAAACCGACCGGGAGUCCCUGGAUUCCGCUUUCGACGUGGCCAAGCUGCAGGAGGACUUCUGCCGCGUGGCCACGAACCUGCACGCCACCAUGAAGUCAGCCCUGAGUUCACUAACGUCGGAGAGGGAGCGAUUAAAACAAUGCACUGACCAAGACGCCUUCCCCCCUACGUCCCCGCAGGUGGUCGGCUUGAAGAACGCGCUGACAACGGCUUUAGCCCAGAACUCAGAGCUGCGAGAGCGCCUGUGCAAGAUUCACGCAGAGUCUCACGUCCUAGAACCCACACUAGUCAAUCUCACUGCCACCGUGCAGAAACAAGAAGAAUCUGUAGCUGAAUCCCGUUCUUUGGUGCAUCAAGAGUCCAAUGAAAGCAGAGCGUCCAUCGCCGAGUCGCUGUCUGAGUUCUUCGACGCACAGGAGGUUCUGUUGUCCAAUAGUUCCUCGGAAAAUGAGGCGUCAGAGGAUGACUCGUACAUCAGCGACGUUAGUGACAACAAUUCCAUGGACAACUUCAACAAUGAGACAGAAAACGGCAGACAAAAUUCAGGUCGCGGAGAGAGCGGCGCCGUCCUCCGCCGGCGUCGAUCGCGUCUUUCGUCACCCAGCCCCGGCGGCAGCGCCGUCAGCCUGUGGAACAUCCUCAGAAACAACAUCGGCAAAGACCUUUCCAAAGUGGCCAUGCCGGUGCAUCUCAACGAGCCGCUCAACACCCUGCAGAGGUUGUGUGAGGAGCUGGAGUACAGCGAGCUUCUCGAUCAGGCCGCCAGCACGCCCGAUCCCUUUGAACGCAUGGUCUUCAUCGCUACAUUUGUGGUGUCGGGUUACGCGUCCAGCUUCUACAGAACGGGCGGCAAACCCUUUAAUCCGGUCCUGGGAGAGACUUAUGAAUGUGACCGACCAGAUAAAGGUUUCCAGUUUAUCGCGGAGCAGGUCAGCCAUCAUCCGCCAAUAUCGGCUUGCCAUGCAGAGUCUAAAAAUUUUAUCUACUGGCAAGACGUGAGAUGUAAGAACAAGUUUUGGGGGAAGUCAAUGGAGAUCGUUCCUGUCGGCAGCACACACGUAACUUUGCCUGGGUCUGGAGACCACUAUGAGUGGAACAAGGUGACGUCGUGCAUUCACAACAUCCUGAGUGGGCAGCGCUGGAUUGAGCACUACGGCGAGAUCUCCAUCAGGAACUCCAACAGCGACGCCUGCCAGUGCAAGAUCACUUUUGUUAAGGCCAGGUGGAACUCAAGUGUGAAUGAAGUGGAAGGAACCAUCACGGAUCAGAAGGGGAAUGCGGCCCGUCGGCUCUUUGGGAAGUGGCACGAAGCCGUUUACUGCGGGGACCCGCCCUCGGCCACUUGCAUCUGGAGAGCAAAUGCCAUGCCACUGGACCACGAGCAGUACUACGGUUUCACCAAGUUUGCCAUUGAACUGAACGAGCUGGACGCGUCCCUAAAAGCGCUGCUGCCGCCCACUGACACCAGACUGCGUGUGGACCAAAGGCUGCUGGAGGAGGGGAAGCUGGAGGCCGCCGAGGAGCAGAAGCAAAGGAUUGAACAGCUGCAGAGAGAAAGAAGACGAAUCCUUGAGGAAAGCAACGGCGCACAUCAGCCCAAAUUCUUCAGGAAGUCAAAGGAUGACACUUGGGUGAGCAACAAGACUUAUUGGGAGUCGAGGCACGAUCCUGGCUUUGUCCACACGGAUUUCCCGGCAAUUGUGGUGACCCGAGCUGAAACACAUCCGGAGCCAGACUUCCAGCGCAGACCUUCUUCUGUAUUGUGAUUGCCUUAACAACAAGUGCUUUUUUUUUUUUUUUUUUUUUUUUUUUUAAAGUUGUGUAAACAUGUUAUGCACCCUGAGAAUGUUGAUCAAUGUGCAAUGAGUCCAAUUUGGAGAAAAUGUGAAAAGGAUGACCAGUCCGUCCACUGAUGAAUUGGUACCUCAUUACAACUAACGAGUGGCACCUCAUCCUGUCAUUUAGACAAUCUCUACCUCAGAGAUAAAGUAGCCUUGAUAUGCCAUUGAUUAACAUUAACAUCCAAUAAUUAUUCUGCACAUGCCUGAUGCCUUAUUGGUGGUACUGUCAUUAUUUUUUUUAAAUUAUUUUUAGAUGUUUUGUAUAGUUUGUAAGGUGCUCUGAACAUGAAACAGAUCUAUACUACAGGUUGCUUUUUUUUUUUUUUUUUUUGAUUAACAACAGUGCUAGUUAUUUGUUACUCCUGUGUGAAAGGCGCAAAUAGGAUGGAGGAGCUGUAGCAAACAUCACACACUCAGUCAUUUGUCCACCACAUCCAAUGCGCCUUCGCUUACAACAACUGCAUGGUUGUGAUUCUGGUGCAGUUCAAGCUGAGUGUUCAAGCUGUGGUGCGUCGGCUCAAA